GCCYGGCGCGCGGCUGUCAUGGCGUCCGGGGGGCCCGGCGGGAGCGGCGGCGUCGCUGAGGGGAUGGAACCGGCCACGGGAGAAGGAGCUGGGCCCGCGGGCACCGGCAGCGAGAGCGGCUCCUCCGGCUCCUCCGGCUCCUCGCUGUCUGCGAGCUCCGAUGACCUUGAACCUGAGUGGCUGGAUAGUGUGCAGAAAAAUGGGGAAUUAUUUUAUUUAGAACUGAGUGAAAGCGAAGAAGAAAUUCUGCUUCAGAACAGCUGUCCAGAAAUGCCAGCAGUGAAUCACGUCAGGUUUCGUGAAAAUGAAGCUGAAAUUAUUCAAGAGGGAYCACGAAAGGAAAGAAAGUAUGAACUGAAGAAAUGGACCAAAAUGCUAAAAAAGAACAGUCUUUUACCAAAGCAUUCUGGUAAGAAGGGCAGUGGAAGCUGCAGUGUGCACCCCACCGGUCCUACUUCCAUAUUGAAACAUCAGUCUGCGCAAAAAAUGGGUGUCACUGUUCAGCAGAAGUACAAAGAUGUGUCUGUUUAUGUAAAUCCCAGAAAACUCUACAGUGCUGAGGAAGAAGAGCAGCAGAGACUGCUGGAGGCCUUAGUAGGGAUUGUCCAUCAGUCUUCAUGGAGCAGCAGAAGAGUGGAAAAACGAGGCAGGAGGGAUAAAGUCACCAGAGGAGUCAGUGAAGAGAAGCUUGUGGUACAUGGCUUGGUGCCAGGUAGUUCUGCAAUGAAAACAGGUCAAAUCUUCAUUGGAGAUGCCCUUGUUGCCGUAAAUGAUGUUGAUGUGAAUUCUGAAAACAUAGAGAGGGUUUUGUCUUGCAUUCCAGGCCCUAUGCAGGUUAAACUUACAUUUGAAACCUCGGUGUUCGAGGCUGAAGGAACUUCUCAGCAAAGGAGCAAACAGGCACAGUCAGGUAUGAACAAUCUGGUUCGGCUCCUGUGGGGAGAGGAGAGCUCRGAYRUGGAGCAGGAUGUGCCUCACAUCGUCAUGUUCCUCACGCUSAAAGUGGACUCUGAGGAGGCCAAGGAUGAGCAAGAAAUUCUUUAUCAGUAUCCCAUAUCUGAAGCAUCCCAAAAACUGAAAAGUGUGAGAGGGAUAUUUCUCACACUGUCUGACAUACUGGAAAGUGUUACUGGUACYGAGAUUAUCAGUUCCUCCCUUUUCUUAUGUGAAAAACUGGUUCAAGUUGUUUACUGGAAAGAAUCUGACAAGYUGCUUGUAAUUGGCCUUCCUGAAGAAAAUGUGCCACUUUCUCAGCUAAGGAACAUGAUUGAAGAUGUUGUCAGAAUCUUGACGUUUAUGUACGGUUCUUUGGACAGUGCUUUUUGCCAGGUGGAAAAUGUUCCUCGCCUGGAUCAUUUUUUCAACCUGUUCUUCCAGCGUGCCCUUCGUCCUGCCAGGCUCCGGUGCGGCGGCAGCCCCGGGGCUCAGCCCCAGGAUUCCUGCAGUGCCCUGUUCCUGGACAUCCUCCCGGGCCUGCGCUGGCUGACACUGCCUCAGGAAAUCAAGGUGGAAAUUGACACAGCACUGAGUGAUCUGGAAGCAGCUGACUUUGCAGAACUGUCUGAAGAUUAUUACGACAUGAGAAGAUUAUAUGUAAUUCUGGGCUCUUGUCUCUUUUACAAGGGUUACUUGAUUGGUAAUCACUUGCCAACAGAAGAUCUCGUUGAUGUAGGUUUYUAUUGUCGGCACUAUUGCCUGUUACCCUUGGCAGCAGAGCAGAGGAUUGGCCAGUUGGUGAUUUGGCGGGAGGUGUUCCCACAGCAUCACAUCCAGCCCUCUGAAGAGGCAGCUUUGACAGGAUACAGGGAACCUGAGGCAAGAUACUUCCURCUCAUAGUUGGCUUGAGACACUUYGUGCUGUGUGUCCUGCUAGAGGCAGGAGGCUGUGCGUCCAAAGCUAUUGGGAAUCCAGGACCAGACUGUAUCUAUGUGGAUCAGGUCAAGGCAACCAUUCUGCAGCUGGAAGGAAUCGAUGCCAGCAUAGAGGAAAGGCUGGAUUCUCCUUCCAUGCCACCUUUAGCCUGUGCUGACUGGUUCCUUCCUGCAACACGGGACAGACUGGAGAGCUCGGGCACCUCGCCCAUCCUGAGCAAACUGCAGAGCUCCUGCAAAGCAGCAGCCACUCCAGUGAGCARGAGGAGCCUCUUUGGUGACUCUUCCCUCACUGCACGGAGGCAGAGCCCCAGCAGGAGCAGCGGAGGAGCUGAGCAGGGCAGCGAAGGACCCGCCGAAGAGGAGAGCACCAAUCCACAACCUGGGCUGGAUCAGGCCACUAGGAAAAAACACACCCUGCCAAACCCAUUUCAUUCAGGAACCCUUAAAAAGAACCCUUCAGAGAAAGAUACAGAACUUCUUAAUGCUAUSAAGUUGACAUCUGGUCCUGAGAAUACCCUCUUCCACUAUCUGUCUCUGGAAACGAUGCAAGGAAUCUUUAUUACUCCAACUCACAAAGAAGUAGCACAGCUCGGUGGCUCCAUCCACCCUCAGUUAAUUGAGAAUUUCUACCAGUGCUGCCUUUCAAUUCGUUCCAUUUUCCAGCAGUCCAUGAGGAAAGAGAAAAAGAAGAAGGCAGGCAGUGGGAUUUCAGAAUUUAGUAAGGCAGCUGAGGACACGGAUCUGGUAAGAGAACAUGGACUUYUGUUUGAGUGCUCUCCUGAAAACUGGACUGACCAGAAGAAACCACCACCAACAAUGAACUACUGGGUUGUCGGGAGACUCAUUCUCCAUCCCAAACCUCAGGAGUUUUAUGUGUGUUUCCAUGACUCAGUGACAGAAGCUGCUGUGGAACUGGCCUUUAAAUUGUCCUUUGGCUUAGCUACCUAGAAGAGCUUCCUGCACAGCCAGACAUCCUGCAGGGUGCUGGUAUCUCUUUAAAGUAUCCCAUAGAAAGGGAAAUGAGCUCCAUUUGGGUGCCACCUAUGGGGUAUCUUUGAAAGGCUUUAAAAAAAAUCAAACAUCUGGCGGUAUGACGCAGUUAAAACUUCAGUGGUGGUUCUAAUGAGCUCAUCAAUUGAAUACUUAAAARUAUUUCAGAGAACCAAAGUUCUUACUUUUAUAUACUGUCACUUUUUUUAUCCUGAUCGUAAUUUUAUUAUAUGAAAAUAUCACAUAAUUUGUACAUUCACUGCUGUUCAGUGUUCAAUAUGCAACAUAAAAUGGUAAGCUGAUCCUCAAAGAACCCUCUGAACAUGGAAAUCAGUGAUGGAGGGGAAAAAACAGUUACCAAUUACUUAAAAUUUUGCACAUUGAGGGCCUGAAAAAUACUGAAUGUCUUCAGUAGCAUUGUGUUAAUUAAAACAGAGAGAAAUCUUUUAAGGAUUCAUGGCACUUAGCCUCACAAAACUAAAGGUUUACUAUUUUUGCUCUCCUGCACACUCCAGGACUAUAGUGUGGUUGAUGUUUUACUUGACUCCGUGAGUUUUAACUAUAAAUAAUACUUAUAUUUGUUAAAAUGCAAUUUUGAAGACACAAAGAAAGAUGGGGGGCGGGCAGGGUGGUUUCAAGACUUAUGCAUGGAUUUGGCUUAUUUUAUAUUCAAAAUUUCAUAAUAAAAAUGUAUAUUUGUUA